AUGCAGGUGGUCGUUUUUGGCACAAAGACCGACGCGUCGCUCAUGAACAUGCUCAAGGCCAGCAGUCUCACUGCAGCGGAAGCACUGCAGCAAGCGCCGCUCUCCGACAUGACCGCCGAGAUCAAGCAGCUCUUGGCUCAGGAAACGGCGUCUGAGAAUCAGUCAAAGCCAGCGGAGCAGAAGGAGCAGCAGCCUCAGGCCAGGGACAAGCUAGCCACGGUGCGGGAUUUGGUAACGGGAAUGUCGGAGAAGGAUGAAAUCGACGAAAGCAAGCUGCCCGAAUUGGAAGCGCACUUCGAGAGCAUCGAGCGGCAGGUGAAGCACUUCAUCAAGCUGGUUACGAACCCCGACUCGGACACGCCAGACAAACUUCAGGAGUUGCUCGACGGCACGUGUGCCACCAUGGCUUUGCGGGGGAAUUCGAAGGCAGUGCUCCUCUUCGACUCCAAAUGUGCUGGCGAGGCAUCGGCCACGCCACACAGCCGGUUGCCACCCUUCCAGCAGAAGCAGCUGCGCAUGCUGGUGCAGGCGUGGCAUGGGGCCAGAUCCGAUGCAAACCUGGAGGACGAUCCACUUGGCGUCGUCCUAGUGCUGGAUGGCAUGCGUCCAGGUCUCGACGGCAGCAUCGGCACCUGCUUCGUGCAGAAAACUGGCAACAAGCACAUCCAGAAGGUCAAGGUUCCCUUCACGCUGACCUAUGACCAGGACGCAUUGGAGGCUCGGAAAUGCGUUGUCCGUGGAUUCGUGCCGCAGUCGGAGACGAUGCACUGCUAUAGCACGGAGAUGCUGGAGCUGCCGACAAAAAAGCGGCUUCACUUCCAGGGCAACAACAAGGGAAGCUUGCUGGGGCCCAUUUUCAUGAACAGACAUGAGGAAUCUUGGAGGCUUUCGCCUGCGGACCGCACCAAGGUCCUUGGCUCUGCCUGCAAGGUUCUCGUUGGAGGUGCGGAUCAGCAGAGGACGCCGAAACCAGUCUUUGAUGAUGGUAAGGAUCCGAUCUGUUGGCACUCCCCACCGGACAAGUUCUAUGCCGAGGUGAUUCACUCUUGGUGCGUAGGCGCGAUUGUAAAUGCAACCGAAACAGACGGCCUUUGUGCCCUGGAGGCCCUGAAACAGAAGGUCCCCUAUCUCGGGAUUUGCCAUACGGAAGCUCAUUGCGAAAAGCUCCGAGAGCGCAUCAUUCGUCUUGUCUGGGAGGAAAGUCUGAAAGAGAAGUCGCCCUUGUACUCGGCGCCCAUCUGCAAGAUUCUCUGCGUGCAGAAGGCCGUUGCUUCACCGAAGAGGAAGCGGCUGAACCUGGGUUCGCAGGCCUCGAGCAAGCGAUCGAAGAUCAUGCUGAGCGGCCAGGGUCAGGGUGGUAAGGUGCUGGUGACGCCGAAAGGCAGGGGCAAAGGCAAGGGCAAGAAGCAGCAGGUGUCCGAUGAACAGAUCCUUUCCAAGCUCAAGGAGAUGGAGGGCAAGAGUGUCGGGACGAAGACGGGCCCAGAUGACGAAUUGCUCAAGAGGCUCAAGGCGCAGGAAGGCAAGGCCGGCCCUUCUGAGCCGCGCAAGGGCACCAAGUUUUUCUUGCGUGACGACCCGGACGAAGAGGAUCUGGGCCCCCCUGAGGAGAUGGACUGA